AUGUCGAGGUUUUUCAAAUCAGCAUUGGGUAAAGCAUCCUUAGCUUUGGGUGCAGCCGCUGGAGGUACCAUUAUCUAUUUAGAUUUCAUUCAACCCAAAAAACCAGCUCAAAUUGCUACGUCUUAUAAACCUUUGAAAAAGGAUUAUCCAACUCCACCUACACGUGAAGAAUUAGUAUCAAGGUUAACACCAGAAAAGAAGUUUGAUGUCUUGAUCAUUGGUGGUGGUGCUGUUGGAUCGGGAUGUGCCGUUGAUGCAGCUACUCGUGGGUUAAAUGUAUGUUUAUUGGAAAAGACUGAUUUUGGAUCUGGUACAUCAUCUAAAUCUACCAAGAUGGCGCAUGGUGGUGUUAGAUAUUUGGAAAAGGCCAUUUUCCAAUUAUCUAAAGCACAAUUGGAUUUAGUUAUUGAAGCUUUAAAUGAAAGAGGUAACAUGUUGAGAACUGCUCCUCACUUGUGUUCAGUUUUGCCAAUUAUGAUUCCAGUUUACAACUACUGGCAAGUUCCAUACUUUUUUGCUGGUUGUAAAAUGUAUGAUUGGUUUGCUGGAAAACAAAAUUUGAGAAACUCAACCAUCUUCAGUAAAGAACAAGCUGCUGCUAUUGCUCCAAUGAUGGAUGUAUCAAACUUGAAAGCUGCAUGUGUUUAUCAUGACGGUUCAUUCAACGAUACGAGAAUGAAUGCUACUUUGGCCAUUACUGCUAUUGAAAACGGUGCUACUGUAUUAAACUAUUUUAAUGUUGAUCAAUUAUUGAAAGAUGAUAAAGGAAAAUUGUAUGGUGUUAAAGCUACCGAUUUAGAGACCAACAAACAGUAUGAAUUGAAAGCUACUUCAAUUGUCAAUGCUACUGGUCCUUUUGCUGAUAACAUUUUGGAAAUGGAUGAAGAUCCUCAAGGAUUACCACCAAAAGUUCCUCAAAAACCAAGAAUGGUUGUUCCAUCAAGUGGUGUCCAUAUUGUUUUGCCAGAAUACUAUUGUCCACAAAAUAUUGGUUUAUUAGAUCCUUCAACUUCUGAUGGAAGAGUUAUGUUUUUCUUACCAUGGCAAGGAAAGGUGCUUGCUGGUACCACUGAUACUCCAGUUAAAUACGUCCCUGAAAACCCAAUCCCAACUGAAGAAGAUAUUCAAGAUAUCAUAAACGAAAUGCAAAAAUACUUGGUUUUCCCAAUUGAUAGAACUGAUGUAUUGUCAGCUUGGUCAGGUAUCAGACCAUUGGUUAGAGACCCAAGAUCUGUACCAAAGGGACAAGAAGAUUCAGGCUCAACCGAAGGAUUAGUUAGAUCACACUUGUUGUUGGAAUCGCCAUCUGGAUUAGUUACCAUAUCAGGAGGUAAAUGGACCACCUACAGAGAAAUGGCUCAAGAAACUAUUGAUUAUGUUGUUAAACACUUUGAUUUUGCUGGAAAGAAUGUCAAACCAUGCCAAACUAAUGAAUUGAUCUUGAUUGGUGGUGAUGAUUAUUCCAAGAACUAUUCUGCUAGAUUGAUUCACGAAUACAAGAUUCCAUUGAAAUUAGCUAAACAUUUAUCUCACAACUACGGUUCACGUUCAGCUAUGAUUUUGGACUUGUACGCCGCCAGUGACUACAACAAAUUACCAAUCACAUUAGCCGCCAAUAAGGAAUUCACCCCUUCUUUGGUUGAAGCCUCCCCAGAAAACCAAUUAAGUUAUCAAUCAUUUGAUGAACCAUUCACCAUUGCUGAAUUAUUAUACUCUUUGAAGUAUGAAUAUCCAAGAACACCAGUUGAUUUCCUUGCUAGAAGAACUAGAUUGGCAUUUUUGAAUGCAAGAGAAGCUCUUUCUGCAGUUGAUGGAGUUGUAGAAAUUAUGAGUCAAGAAUUGAAUUGGGAUGAUGCAACUAAAGAAAAAAUGAGAAAAGAUGCUGUCAAGUAUAUUGGUAAUAUGGGUAUUUCACCAAAGAAGUUCGAUGUUGAAGAAUUUAUUGUGCAAUAG